CAGCUAAUGUCUCUAUCACCAUAAACAUGUCAACUAUAAGAAGUUAAUAAUGUAUUUCGCACGUUUAUCUUCUUUGGCGUGUUUAUUAGCACCAUUCACGGUUGCUACUAAGGCCGGUAAUGUUGACUAUCAACAUGUGAAGCAAGUCGCGAUCAUAGGUGCUGGCGCUGCCGGCUCCUCCGCGGCUUACCACUUGCAUAAAUAUGCUCAGCAGGAAGGCAUCGACGUCAAUAUCACCAUCUUUGAGAAAACCAACCACAUCGGUGGCCGUACUCUCACAGUAGAUGUCUACGAUGACCCUCUUAGUCCAGUUGAGCUGGGCGCCUCUAUAUUUGUCGAGGUGAAUCACAUCCUCUACAACGCUACCAGGGACUUCAACCUACUUGUUACCGAGCCGGGAACUGAUGAGAAGGGGCUACUUGGUAUUUGGGAUGGCAAGCGCUUCGUCUACACGCAAGACUCGGAGUCCUGGGGAUGGUGGAACCUUGUCAAGCUCUUCUGGAAGUACGGAACCGCCCCGUACUACACUCAUCGGCUCGUUCAAGAAACCGUAGGAUCCUUUUUGAAGCUUUACCAGUCCCCCUACUUCCCCUUCAGAUCUCUCUCGGCGAGCGCGUAUGAGCUUGGUCUUGUGCAGAUAACGGGCUUGACUGGGAAGCAAUUUCUAGCUGAAAACAAGCUUGAUGGGCCGUUUGCUCAUGAUAUCGUGCAAGCAAGUACCCGUGUGAACUAUGCCUCGAAUCUACAGUAUAUACACGGCCUUGGCACUAUGGUUGCGAUGGCCCCUGAAGGAGCAGUAGCUGUAGCCGGCGGCAAUUGGCAGAUAUUCUCUAAUAUGGUGGCGGACUCUAAAGCUCACAUCUCCCUGAAUUCAAGUGUGACUGCCAUCACCAAGGAAAAGAGCAGUGCUUCUGGCUCGGUGCCACCGAAAUACAGAAUACAGACUGCAACAACUGGUGCUACUAAUGAUGAGGCAGAAACAUACCCAGUUGCCUUCGAUGAUGUUGUCAUCGCAACCCCGUACCAAUUCAGCGGAAUUAGUCACGAUGAUAAUGUCAUGCCCCACCCCGUGGACUCGAUCCCGUAUGUCGAGCUGCAUGUGACGCUUUUCGCAUCUCCUUACAAGUUCAGCGCAGAGUUCUUCAACCUCGAGCCUGCUUCCACAGUGCCUAUCUCCGUGCUCACAACGUUAGGCGAAGAUGACGAAGCCAAGCCUGGACCGGAAGGAGCUGGCAGCGCUGGUUUCUUCUCCGCGACUUUGGUAAAGGUGGUGACAAACCCGAAGACACACAAUGCCGAGUAUGUGUAUAAGAUCUUCUCGCCUCAUAAAGUGACACCCGAAUUCUUGUCCCGAUUGUUAGGCGUUCAGGUGCCAGAUACGUUCACUCGACCUGUUGGCGACGAGGAAAAGGACACCAGGGAGGGCGCAACGACUGUUCUCGACCCCAUCUCGUGGUACCAUCCCACCAUCUUCCACCCUUAUCCCCAGAAGUACCCCCGCGUUACGUUCCAGGACCCCAUUCUAGGGGACGGGCUGUACUACACGUCAGGCAUCGAGAGCUUUAUCUCGACCAUGGAGACGAGCGCGCUAAUGGGUAUGAAUGUCGCGCGACUUAUUGCUGAUGACUACCUGAGUAAACUACGCGUUGUAGACGGCGAGGGAGAGCACUCCCAGAAAGUCUUGUCUGAGUGGCAGAAUGAAACUGCGGUAGGACACGAUCUACCCGUCGAGGACACGGAGGAGCUUUAGGGAAUACCUCUUUCGAGUAUCAUAUUAUAGCAAAUUGACUAAUGAAAUUUCUG